GCCAACUGAAAAAAAAAAAAGGAAUAAAAAGUCAAAUAUAGAUCACUACCAUCAUUUCAGAAAGAAACUCAUCUUCUUCUAACAUACCCAACUACCCCCACAAUUAGAAAGAAAAAAAUGAACUCAAAAAUCCUUCUUUUGUGUUCCAUUUCAACUUUCAUUCUCCAAAUCCCAAUAUCAUCAUCAUCAUCAUCUGGUUUCUUAAUUCAUGACAACUUCAUUCAAUGUUUUUCUCUAAACUCACCACCCCAAAUUCCCAUCUCCAAAAUCCUCCACUCUCCCACCAAUUCUUCCUACGCAUUCCUCCUCAACUCCUCAAUCAAAAACCUCAGAUUCUCAUCCCCGACAACCCCAAAACCACUCUUCAUUGUAACACCAUUAGUCACUUCCCAUGUCCAAGCCACCAUCCUUUGUUGCAAACAAAAUGGCCUCCAAUUGAGAACACAAAGUGGAGGCCAUGACUAUGAAGGCCUUUCUUACACUUCAAGUAAUUUUUCCCCAUUUGUCAUCCUUGAUCUCCUCAACCUCCGAUCCAUUAGCAUCGACAUAGAAGACAACACGGCUUGGGUCGAAACCGGAGCGAGUUUAGGCGAAUUGUAUUACCGAAUAGCGGAGAAAAGUCCUGUCCAUGGAUUCCCUGCCGGGCUUUGCCCAACAGUUGGUGUUGGUGGACACUUUAGUGGGGGUGGAUUUGGGACCAUGUUGAGGAAAUAUGGAUUGGCGGCAGAUAACAUUGUUGAUGCUCAUGUAGUUGACGCCAAAGGAAGAGUUCUUGAUAGAGAAUCAAUGGGAGAAGAUCUAUUUUGGGCGAUCCGAGGAGGCGGCGGAUCGAGCUUUUGUGUCGUUCUUUCAUGGAAGAUCAAGCUCGUUUAUGUCCCACCAAUUGUCACUGUUUUCAACCUUGAGAAAAGGUUAGAUAAACUUGCUACUAAGCUUGUCCGUAAGUGGCAAUAUGUUGGUCCAAAGUUUGAUGAAAAUUUGUUUGUGAGAGUUGUGGUAGAAGAAAUCAGGGAUGAUGUAAACAAAGUACUAGGAAAAACGACACAACUCAAAGUGAGGUUUAAUUCCCUGUUUCUCGGGAGAGCUGAUGAGGUUGUCAGAAUAAUGGGGGAGAGAUUUCCUGAAUUGGGUUUGAAGAAAAGUGAUUGCUCUGAAAUGAGUUGGAUUGGGUCCGUAAUGUACUUUUCUGGGUACCCAGAUGCAUACACAAAAGAAGCGUUGAUUGAAAGAGUACCACAGCCGAAGAGAUUCUUCAAGGCUAAAUCGGACUACGUCCGGGAACCGAUGUCGGAAUCAGUCUUGGAAGAGCUUUGGCAAUGGUGUUUGGAAGAGGAGAGACCCGUCUUGAUCAUGGAUCCAUAUGGUGGGAAAAUGGAUGAGGUAUCAGAAUAUGAAAUUCCAUUUCCACAUAGAAAAGGCAAUUUGUACAAUAUACAAUACUUUGUGCAGUGGCGAGAUGGGGAAAUUAUUGAGUCAACGAGGAGACACAUGGAUUGGAUAAGGAGGAUUUAUGAGCAUAUGACUCCUUAUGUGUCUACAAGACCAAGAGGUUCGUACCUAAACUAUAGGGACUUGGAUUUGGGCAUGAAUGACUUUAAUGGAACCACCUACUCCAAAGCCAAAAGAUGGGGUCUCAAGUAUUUUAAAGGAAACUUUGAAAGGUUGGCGAUUGUGAAGAGUGAAGUUGACCCACUUAAUUUCUUUCAAGACGAGCAGAGUGUCCCUCCACUGUUUUCGACUCAAGGGAGGACAGAAAUAGAGUAAAACAAAUGGAGGUGCCUAUGCCUAGAGAUCUAAGAGCAGGAUCCCUCAUAUUGGAAUUCAUUGUUUGUUGAAUAAUUGAACAUUAUGUAACUAUGCAAGUGCUCUACAUAUUUUUUAUGCUUGUUUUGUAAUUUUGUGAUUGUUUAUUAUCAAGACUUAUUGUUCUUUCUACUCUCUUUAGGUGCCUAAAAUAAAAGCACGGUCCCUACUAUUGGAAUUAAUUGAUUGUUGCACCGUGGACCACUAGUGGGAGCCAACUACUUCCUUUCAAUAUGAUGGUGCUAAAUUUGUUGUUUUUGACACCAAUGCUCCUAGAUUUUUCUUUUAUUUUUUAUUUUUUUUUUUACAUGCCGCUUCUGAUGGAAUGGGCUUUUAGUUGUCGCCACUAUCUAUUUUAUAUUUCAUAAC